AUGUUGAUGGGUCAUGUUGGAGCAUGGUGUGUUGGUUCUUCUCACGGUUGGAUUGUGCUUUUGGAUCAGAAUGGAGUUCCACUUCUUCUAAACUCUUCUUCUUCCACUACCAUUAACGUACCACCUCUUCCCCUUUCAUUCUUGCACCCUGUCACAUAUUCUUACUUUGCUGAAUACUUAAGGAAAACCUUCAUAGUCAAAGCAAUCUUGAUGUGUUCUUCCUCUCCCUCAAGCUACAUUCUUGCCAUCAUAUAUGGUUCAAACAACAAGAUUGCUUAUUGCAAUUCUGCAACUUGGGUUGAGCUCUCUCAUGAUAAGCAAUCGUACUGUGACAUUGUGUUCAGCAACAACUAUCUUUAUGCCUUAAAACAAGAUGGUUCUGUUGAAGUUUGGAAUAUUUGUGGACAAAUUCCUGAAAGAUUGAUUCUUUUAACACCAACUGUGGAGGAGAAUGAUGAAGAUGAGAAAUCAUAUUUAGGAGAUAACUUUUCAAGAAAUUUGUACUUGGUGGUAUCUGCAAAAGAAAUCUUUCUGGUGAUAAGGUUUAUUGGGAAUUUUGUGAAUGAUGAUGGGUUGGUAGUAGAAGAAGGAGAUCUUUUAUCAUCUGAGGAUACACAACCAUUGAUUUGUCCUUAUAGAACAAAGUAUUUUGCCCUGAAAGAAAAAAAAAAAAAAAGAAAGCUCGAAGGGUUUGAAGGCAAUGGUGGAUAUUUACGGUCUCAUCCUUGGCGUCAACCCUUUGAAGAUGAAGAAAUUGCAGCAGUCAUGGAGGCAGCGCAGGGAGUUGAAGUGGAAGCUCGAAAUACGUUUGUUAUUGCCGGGAGGGAAGUGCUGUUUGAAUCGCAGACUGAAGCCGGGUCGGGUGGAGCUUCUGUGUUGGUUGGGUCUGGGCCAGGUUGUUGGCCCGUUGCACUGAAGCCGGGUCGGGUGGUGCUUCUGUUUGAAUUGCAUAAUCGUACGAUUUUGCGAGUUCCCUACGCUCUUCUUCCAAGCCUUCAACAAACACACCUCAUUGAUGAUGAUGAUGAUCCUAUAACUGUUGAUCGAAGCAUCUUCAGCUUAUCAGAGAAAAAGCUUUAUGAAUGGAAGAACAUAUUGAAGGGUCAUGUUGGAGCAUGGUGUAUCGGUUCUUCUCAUGGUUGGAUUGUACUUUUGGAUCAGAAUGGAGUUCCAUUUCUUCUAAACUCUUCUUCUUCCACUACCAUUAACGUACCACCUAUUCCCCUUUCAUUCUUGCACCCUGUCACAUAUUCUUACUUCACUGAAUACUUAAGGAAAACCUUCAUAGUCAAAGCAAUCUUGAUGUGUUGUGCCUCUCCUUCAAGCUACAUUCUGGCUAUCAUAUAUGGUUCCAACUACAAGAUUGCUUAUUGCAAUUCUGCAACUUGGGUUGAGCUCUCUCAUGAUAAGCAAUCUUAUUGUGACAUUGUGUUCAGCAACAAUUAUCUUUAUGCCUUGACACAAGAUGGUUUUGUUGAAGUUUGGAAUAUUUGUGGACAAAUUCCUAAAAGAUUGAUUCUUUUAACCCCAACUGUGGAGGCGAAUUAUGAGGAGGAAAAAUCAUAUUUAGAAGAUAAUUUCUCAAGAAAUUUAUACUUAGUGGUAUGCAGAAGAAAUCUUACUGGUGACAAGAUUUAUUGGGAAUUUUGUGAAUGAUGACGGGUUGACAAUAGAAGAAGGAGAUCUUUUAUCAUCUGAGGAUACACAACCAUUGAUUUGUCCUUAUAGAACAAAGUAUUUUAGUGUUUAUAAACUUGAUAUUGAAGACAAGAGAUGGAAAAAGAUGAGAUCUUUACAUGAUAAAGUUCUGUUCUUGGGUGCUAAUGAGUCUGUAUCAAUGGAUGCUAAAGCUUGCUUGGGGUGUGAAGCAAACUCAAUCUAUUUCACAGAUGAUAGGUGGGAAGAGAUGACUUUGGACUACAUGUAUGGUGGACAUGAUUGGGGUGUUUUCAAUCUUCAAGACAAAUGUGUUAAGAGCCUCAUGCAAUGUGCAAAUAGGAUUGACCCUCCACCAAUUUGGGUAGUUCCAUAGUAAUUUAGGGUUUGCCAUUUAGUAGAAUGAUAUGGUUCUUUUGUAAUUGAUUUUUUUUUUUUGUUUCUUCUCUAUUUGACAAUUCAAAAAAUCAUGUAAAGAACUUAAGAUU